AUGACGCAGAAAGCGAAGGAGAAGCUUGAGUGCACGUUCCGCCCAUCCCUUAACCCGGUGACGCACUCAAUGGCCCAAGCCUCCCCGCUGGAUGAGCUCGUCAACAACCGCAGGGGGCAGCGGGUCAGGGAAAGGGUGAAGGCCAAAGUCAGUGAUGCGCAGGCGUGCUCGCACAAACCUACCCUGCUAGCGGAGGCUGCGCUGUUGCACACGAACGCGGAGGGAGGAGCGGCGUCGCAGGAUGGAGGGGGGUGCGCGGGCAGCGGUGAAAGAGGCUCUGCUGCCGCUGAUCUUUACGGCCCAGGCAACAGGUACCGGCUGAGCGUGCGGGAGCCGGCAAGGAUGACGGCGGAGCUGCGUGCGCGGGAGAGAGAGCAAGAAGAGAGGACGAACUCUGCCAUCCUGCGCGCCGAGGGGCCGGUAUUGGUCAGGGGCCUCGGGAGGCAUCUCGAGCUUAAGGACGUCGCUCAGCAAAGGGAGCGAGAGAGGCGAGAGCGGGAGGCCCAAGCCUUCGGGGUACGGCCCGGAGCAGUGAGGCGCAGUGUCUUGGGCGAGACGAUAGUCGAGCCUUUCUCUCUCAGCAGCGACAACAAGGGGUGGUGGCAGGAGAGGAGGAUGAGGCACGAGGCGGAGCGCGCGGCGCAGUGCACGUUCAAGCCGUGGACGGUGGAGGCGGAGAGGGGGCGGGCGCUGUCGAGGCUGCUCGACUGGUCGUCGGUGCUUCGAGGCAAUCUUCAAGAGGUAGCUAGAGGAGACUAG